AUGGCUGCCAAACCCCUCAAGAUUGCCGUCAUCCCGGGCGACGGCAUUGGCACCGAGGUCAUGCCGCAAGGCGUGCGGUGCCUCGAAGCCAUCGGCCGGCUCUUCGGCAUCCCUCUCGAAUUUGAGUCGUUUGACUUUUCCAGCUGCCAGUACUACCAGAAGCACGGGGCGAUGCUCCCCGCGGACUGGAAGGAGACGCUCAUGCGGUUCGACGCCAUCUACUUUGGCGCCGUGGGCCUGCCCGACGUGGUGCCCGACGACGUCUCGCUGUGGGGCAGCCUGCUCAAGUUCCGGCGCGAGUUCGACCAGUACAUCAACCUGCGGCCGUGCCGGCUGAUGCCGGGGAUCCGGUGCCCGCUGGCCGGGCGGGCGCCGGGCGACAUUGACUUCUGGGUGGUGCGGGAGAACACCGAGGGCGAGUACAGCAGCAUCGGGGGCACCAUGUUUGCGGGCACGGAGCGCGAGAUUGUCAUCCAGGAGACGGUCAUGACGCGCGUCGGCGUGGACCGCGUGCUCAAGUACGCGUUUGAGCUCGCGCAGAGCCGCCCGCGCAAGAAGCUCACCAGCGCCACCAAGAGCAACGGCAUCAACACCACCAUGCCGUACUGGGACGCGCGCGUCCGCGAAAUGGCCGCCCGCUUCCCCGCCGUCGCCGUCGACAAGUACCACAUCGACAUCCUCACGGCGCACUUUGUCCUGCGCCCGCACAUGUUCGACGUCAUUGUCGCCAGCAACCUGUUUGGCGACAUCCUGUCCGACCUCGGCCCGGCCUGCACCGGCACCAUCGGCAUCGCCCCGUCGGCCAACAUCAACCCCACAGGCCGCUUCCCCAGCCUGUUUGAGCCCGUGCACGGCAGCGCCCCGGAUAUUGCCGGAAAGGGCAUCGCAAACCCGGUCGGCAUGAUCUGGGCCGGCCAGAUGAUGCUCCAGCACUUUGGCCAUGUGGACGCGGCGGCGGCGCUCCUCCGCGCGAUUGAGAAUGUUCUGGCGCGCUCGGAUCCGACAAUCAUGACGCCGGACAUGGGUGGACAGGGCACGACGAUCAGUUUUGGCGACGAGGUGGAGCGGGAGAUCUUGAAAUUGGGCGGACCAAAAGCACCAGGCACGAGUGACGUCUAG